GGCUCUGCUGGGAGUCUCUGCAAGGGCUGUGAGCUGCUGCCCUCUGCUCGCUCCUCCUGAAGGAAAUGCAGCGCCUGUUGACUCCGGUGAAGCGGGUCCUGCGGUUGCAAAGAAUGACGCAGGAGGCUUCCCUCACACCUGCUCGGCUGCUCCCAGCCGCCCACCAAAGGUUUUCUACAGUCUCUGCUGUCCCUCUGGCCAAAACAGAUACUUGGCCAAAGGACGUGGGCAUCCUUGCCUUGGAGGUCUACUUCCCAGCCCAAUAUGUGGACCAAACUGACCUGGAGAAGUAUAACAAUGUGGAAGCAGGGAAGUAUACAGUGGGCUUGGGCCAGACUGAAAUGGGUUUCUGCUCAGUCCAGGAGGACAUCAACUCCCUGUGCCUGACGGUGGUGCAACGAUUGAUGGAGCGCACAAAGCUCCCGUGGGACUCUGUGGGAAGGCUGGAAGUGGGCACUGAGACCAUCAUUGACAAGUCCAAAGCUGUCAAAACAGUGCUCAUGGAACUCUUCCAGGAUUCAGGCAACACUGACAUUGAGGGCAUAGAUACCACCAAUGCCUGCUAUGGUGGCACUGCCUCCCUCUUCAAUGCCGCCAACUGGAUGGAGUCCAGCUACUGGGAUGGUCGCUAUGCAAUGGUGGUCUGCGGUGAUAUCGCUGUCUAUCCCAAUGAUAAUGCUCGUCCCACCGGUGGGGCUGGAGCCGUGGCUAUGCUGCUUGGGCCCAAUGCCCCUUUGGCCCUCGAGCAAGGGCUUAGGGCAACCCAUAUGGAGAAUGCAUAUGAUUUCUACAAACCAAAUUUGGGAUCGGAAUACCCAGUGAUGGAUGGGAAGCUCUCCAUCCAGUGCUACUUUCGGGCCUUGGAUCGAUGUUACGCAUCAUACUGUCACAAGAUCCAGAACCAGCGCAAGAGAGUUCUUCUUCCAGCUGGCACCAAUCAACCUUUCACCCUUGACGAUUUCCAAUUUAUGAUCUUUCACGCGCCCUUUUGUACUAUGGUCCAGAAAUCUUUGGCUCGCCUGAUGCUCAAUGACUUCCUGUCAGCCAGCAGCAACACACAAUCCAGCUUAUAUAAGGAGCUAGAGGCUUUCAGGGGGCUAAAGCUGGAAGACACCUAUACCAAUAAGGCCCUGGAGAAAGCACUUUUAAAGGCCUCUCUGGACGUGUUCAACAAGAAAACCAAGGCCUCCCUUUACCUGGCAACACGCAACGGGAAUACAUAUACCUCAUCCCUGUACGGGUGCCUGGCUUCGCUUCUGUCCCAACACUCUGCCCAGGACUUGGCCGGCUCCAGAAUCGGUGCCUUCUCCUAUGGCUCUGGCUUAGCAGCAAGUUUGUUUUCAUUCCGAGUGUCACAGGACGCUUCUCCGGGAUCCCCCCUGGAGAAGCUGGUGUCUAGUACAUCAGACCUGCCAAAACGCCUGGACUCCCGAAAGCGAAUGUCUCCUGAAGAGUUCACGGAAAUAAUGAAUGAAAGAGAGCACUUCUACCCCAAGGUGAAUUUCUCACCACCUGGUGAUAUAAACAGUCUUUUCCCGGGUACUUGGUACCUGGAGCAAGUGGACCAGCUGCAUCGCCGAAAGUAUGCCCGGCGUCCCAUCUAAAGGUGUUCUACAGAUCUGCGGAAUGGCUCCUGGGGAAAAUAUGCUAUCAGAACUUCUGCCCGAGAAUCAUAGUGUUAAAAUCGGGCUCUAAAGCUGGUAAAUAAAUUUGAAUCGACAUCGGAACCCCCAUAAGCGUCAGAGCUGUAGAGUGAGGCACCACUCCUAGAGGACCCGAGCACCCUCUCCGGCUGCAGCCGCUGUCUCCGGCUUUUGGUGUGAUGGACCGGGGAUGAUGGGGGGAUGGAGAGAAGGCUCGCUCUGAAUCACUGGCCUCCAGAAAUGUGAUCAGUUGUCUCUUCCACGAUCCAGAAAAACUUCCCUAUUUGUUAGAGCUUUAUUAUUAUUAAACUUCAGUGCUAUUCUGUCUUUGUUCAUUCCUUAAGGUUUCCUGUGAAUUUCUAAAUUUUGUAUUUUGUUCUAAGCUAAUAAAUGGCAAUUAAAAAGAGAGG